CCUGCGUCGACCCGCACAGCCUCUGUCGACAUGCCCCUGGCCCGCAACCCUCGCGUCUUCGUCUCGGGCGGCUCUCGAGGUAUCGGCCUCGCCAUUGCCCUCAAGCUCGCUCGCGACCGGGGCGCACAAGUCACCAUCGCCGCCAAGACUGCCGAGCCGCAUCCGAAGCUUCCCGGGACCAUCUACACGGCGGCCAAGGCCAUCGAGGAGGCCGGUGGAACGGCUCUUCCGCUCGUCGUCGACAUCCGCCAGGCCGACCAGGUCGAAAAGGCCAUCGAGGAGACGGCGAGCAAGUUUGGCGGCAUCGACCUCGUCAUCAACAACGCGUCGGCCAUCUCGCUCACCGACUCGCAGAGCACGAGCGUCAAGACGUUCGACCUCAUGCACGCCAUCAACGGUCGCGGCACCUUCCUCGUCUCCAAGCUCGCCAUCCCGCACCUCCUCGACUCGGCGUCGCAAGGCCGCAACCCGCACAUCCUCACGCUCGCGCCGCCCUUACGCGGCAACCUCGAGCCGACCAUGCUCGGGCCCAGCACGGCGUACGCCAUGGCCAAAUUCGGGAUGAGCCUGGCGUCAGUCGGGCUCGCGGGUGAGCUUCGAGGCAAGGUCGGCGUCAACGCGCUGUGGCCCUUGACCUACAUCUCGACCGAGGCGAUCCGCAUGCUCAUCGGGAGCGAGGGGCGUGACAAGAACGCGCGCCACCCGGCCAUCGUCGCCGACGCAGCGUUCGCCAUGCUCGAAGAGGAGGGCUCGAGCUACAGCGGCAAUUUCGAGAUUGACGAGCUCGUCCUGCGGCACCUGCGAGGCCUCACCACGCCGGACCUGCAGCGCUACUCGCCGACGCCCGACACGCCCUUCUCCGACCUGCACGAGGACCUGUUCAUCCCGCAGUGGGUCCGCGACGAGGUGGCGCGCUUGCGGGGCGAGCGGGACGAGGACGACGGCGAGGCGCGAGGGUAGAGCAGGGAGCGGGUCGAGCGGGGCUCGAGCGCGGCGAGGCAGGCAGGACGUCUCUCGGCGGCUUUCGAGCGAAUUCCUCGACAAUGUACAGCUGGAAGUGAAAACCCAAGAUUGCCCAUUU